GCCCCUUCAAGCCCCUUUAUAAGAGCUUGGUGGUUCAGACGAUCUCGGCAGUGACACGAUUAAACGCACAAUGAGGAACUUUACCUCGAUAACAGCUUUAUUUCUCUUCUUGUCUCUGCUCUUUGUUUCAGGCUGGAUCUCUGUCUCAGUGUCUCAGUCUCAGACUUUGGAGGUCCAGCCUGGUGAGGAAGUCACACUGCUGUGCUCUAACAUUUCCAAGGAGCCAACUCACACAUUUUGGUCCAGACUUGAUGAGAAAACAACGGUCAGCUGUAUCGCCUCUAUGUACGGGUCUGAUAGCGAAGCUUCAUUCUGCGAUGGAUUUAAAAAAGGAUUUGAAAUGAGCUCCGACGUCUCCACUGUCUUUCUUAAAAUCAAGCGAGUGGAUUUAUCGGACUCAGGACUGUAUUUCUGUGGAUUUUACAUCAUCAAAAACAUAAUCAUUAAUAAUACAAUACAUUUAAAUGUUCAAGAUAAUAGUGAAUCUAAAGAUGGAGUGGAUUUUGAGACUGAAAAAAUGCCUGAUGGAGAGACAAACCUGAUGAGUGUGAUCCUGGCCGGUCUGACUGUUUUCCUCACUGUAGUCAUCAUUGUUCUGGCCGUUAAAAUCAGGAAACUUCAGAAAGGUAAAGCUGAUGUAUUUUUUGUUACACAUCGGGUUGUACGUUGUAUGAAGUUACUUUUCGUCUUUUGUCAUUUAUCUGCAAAUGAAGAAUUCCAUCUUGAAAGAAACCAGAACCUGGGCUCUGAUGACCUGAACUCUGCAGCGCUGAGCCUCCUUCCAAAAACAGUAAGAAGCAGGAGGCCUGCAUCAGAGAGAGAAGUGGAGACUCGUGUUAUUUCUGCUGCCAGCAGAUAG